AUGUUGUGGGGAGGUGUGGAUGAAACUAAAUCUGAUGAAAUGCCUGAACAUACUAUGGAUAACAAUGAUUUUAAUGAAAACAAUGAUACUAAAACUGAUGAAAUGCCUAAACAUACUAGUAUGGAUAACAAUGAUUUUAAUGAAAACAAUGCAGAUAACACGGAUGAAAAUUUUAAUAUUAUAAAUGUUAUUAGCCCUUCAAGAAAUGAUUCCAUUGCUAUUAAAAAUAAUUUCUUCUCUAAGCAUCAAAUACAACCUAUAAUGACUACUAAAGUGAGACAUGAAAAUUCAAUAUUCCAUCAGAAUUUAUCAUGUACUGCAGUCCGUUUUCAAUUAAAUAAAGAUAUUGAGUGUAUUAUAAAUCGUGAUGUCAUGGCAAAAAAGUCUCAAGAAGUACAUAAUCGAAAACAAGUGCUUGAACGACUAAUAGAUAUUGUUAUUUUUUAUGGUCGUCAAGGCAUCCCAUAUCGAGGUAAACAUGAAGCAGCAAAUUCUUUAAAAAAUAUUGAAGUAAACCAUGGUAAUUUUUUAGAACUAGUCAUGUUAAUUUCCAAAUAUGAUACUAUUUUAAAUCAACAUAUUAAUAUGUCAAUAACUCUUAGUGAAAAAGCUAAGUCUAAAAAAGGUCGUGGAUCUUUGAUUACAUUCAUUUCCAACAAUUUUAUAAAUAAUAACAUAAUUAUACCAAUUGGAGCAGCAAUUCAAGGUACAAUUGUUAAAGAAAUUAAAGAGUGUAUUAAGUUUAGUAUAAUGAUUGAUAACACUCAGGAUGUAAGUGUUAUCGAUCAAUUAGCAAUAUGUGUCCGGUAUAUUUUCAACGGUGUUGUGCAAGAACGAUUAUUAAAUUUGGUUGUUUGCCAUAACUCUAGUGGUAUUGGCCUUUUAACUUAUUAA